CGUGGAUGUGGCAUUGUGUUAAACAGCUGCAGAAUUAAAGACAGGAGGUGGUUGAAACCCCACCGACUUGGGCUUGAACACUUAGCCGACUUGGAUCGAGGAUAGCCUGAGCGAGAGAACACUUCACUCGGCAUGGAUCCAGGCUGCAAGAAGCAGAGACUCGGUCCUUGGGACGCUUGUCCCGAUCUUUCCACGGCUGCGUUCGAGUUGAGGGCUGCGACAACCACCUCAAAGCUGGAAGCAUGUGUGGGGGAAGAUGGGUGGACCGAAGUGGAAGGCUUCUACACGAGGUUGAAUAGGCUGCAGAAGACUUUUGAUGCCAGCAGCCCAUGGUACAAGCCCAUCAUUGUGACCGUGGAGGGCGCCAACGAAGGAGGUAGGAGUUUCGUUGAAGGCUUGGUUGACAUGUACCCUCAAUCAUCUGUGCGGAUGGCUUGCACUCCGCCAGCAUCGUUGAGUGCUGUCCAGGGCAUGUUCAACCAGCUUGGAGGGGCGGCAGCGAGGGCAUUCAACGUGGUGUCCAACUACAUGGUUGUGCAGGAAUGCAAGGAUGCUUGCAUGGCCGAGCAUCAGCCUUUGGUGUUCAUCAUUGCGAAUUUCUUGUCUUCAGCCAUCUCCUGCAGUCAAGAAGAGGUGUCUAGAGACGAAUUGUGGGUGUGGCCUCCAGGUCUACUGAAGCCUCGACUGCAGUUGAUUUUGGUCCAGGAUGCUGCAAGCAGCGGACAGCUUGCGGAGGUCUCCGCCGCUUCGAAGCUUGAAGUGGAGCAGAUCAUUCUGAGGGUGAGCGGCCUCAGCAAGGAGGAAAUGCUCGAUAUGGCCAAGGGUGGAAUCGACAAGGCGUUCUUCCCUUCCACCGAGCAUUUGCAGUCGGUGCUGGGUGCAGAUCCUCUUCGCUGUUUGGUCAAUGUUGCAAGAAAGGAAGGUCUUCUGGGGGAUUCUGCUGGGGAUAAGAAGUGGCAGCUGGGGAGGAGAGGGAAACACGUCUCAUGGUCCUUCCAGCUUGCCACUCUGAACCGUUCAUCUGGCGCUCCACCAUCACUGCGGAACCUGGGCAUCCACUCCGUGACGGAGACCGGGUUCAUUUUCUUUGGUUUGGGCAGCGCAGGUGGCGCGACCGGGGAAGCAGGCGAGGAGGUGGUUGCUUCCAUGGUGCUGCUGCUUGGCAGCUACCCCUUCCAGCAGCAGUGGAGGGGUGAAGGUGUAGUCCGCCAGAUGCGAUGGGGAUCCCCGCCUCCGCCUGUCAGUCUGGCCUGCGCCAUGCAAAGAUGCCAGGAACUCGCGCAGCACGCGUUCGAGCCCGGCCAUCCGCCCGAGGUCAAAGAGCGGAUGGCAUUGCAGGACCAAGAGGCGGUUUUGGGUGUUCGAAGUGUUGACACUCCAGGAGGACCGUCCGCCGCUUACAUCUUCAUUCCCUUCCGGAUGGAGGUGCUCAUGGGCCAUCCGCCAGCUCCGGGAGGCACCCGCCGAUGUGAAUGGAAGCGGCUUCCGGGCAGUGCUUCUUCUUCGCGGUUGUGGGUUGGUCCCAGGGCGGUGUUGCCUUUCUCCCCGCAGUGCUUGGACGUUUGUUGGGAGCAGCCAAGGGCUCGAAAGGCUACGGUGGUCAUCAUGGGUGCUCAUACGGCGGGGAAGAGUACUGUCAGAAAGAGGCUGGCGGAGAGAACCCAGUGGGAGUCUGACGAAGAGUUAGGAACUUCUUUGCGCGGAGAGCAGGAGCAGCAGGGCAAGUACCCUGCAACUUGGGAUUGUACGAUUCAUCAGGCAGAAGUUGCCCGCGAUGAGGAGCGAAGGAACACUUCGAGGGUGGUGGAGACGUGGCACUUGGGGAACUUUGUUUGGGCACUCACCCGACGUCCCGAGCAACACGGAGACUUGCUCCAGCGCGCAGUCGACGCCAUCCGACAGGAGCAAGAGGCUGGAAUCGUGCUCUUGAUGCUGCUGACAAUCACACCUGAAACCAUGGUGAGGCGCAGGGCUCAAUUCCCAACUUCCGCCUUGACCUUCCAAGAUGAGGAGACAGAUGCCAAGAAGCUUUCGAGGGCCACGGGAGAGAAGCUGAAGGAGAUCCUGGAGGAGAUGUCCACUGGGACUUUCCGUCAGAAUGGCUUCGAGGGCCUCAAAUCCCUUCCGGUCCUCACCUUGGACAACAAUCAAGACGGAGAGGCUGCCUUGAAGGACACGGUGGAUGCGAUCGUCGACUUCAUCACUUUUUUCCUCUGAUGAGUUGGCGUGGCAGAAAUCCUACAUUUUUCAGAAGUCCACAGAUUGGUCCGGUCAUGUGAGAUGAUUGUUCUCCGGACAAAAAUCAAACUAUGAGACGUCCCUCUCUCGCCUUUCUUUUUUGUUCGGGACUUCUCGGUGUUCUUUUUAACUAUUGGCGCUGCAAAUGGUUGCAACUUGCCACGACAUGAAGGACAAACACAGCACAGAGAAAUUCGGAAAAGAGCCAAGACUGGCAGUGUUGAGGGUGACUCGACUCAAUGGUCCUUGUCCGAUGAGCGGAACAUGCACAUGGGCAUGAAGUAAGCUGCAGCCGUUGUCCAGGCGGUCUGGCAAACACACGAGUCACUUGCUCCGAG